AUGGAAUCUGGCUUCACCGCCAACAACACCUAUUUAAGACAUUUUAACCCUCAAGGUUAUCUAGAAAAAUACUACAAUUUGAGGUCCAGAUACUUUGAAGGAAACCAGAGUUUUAGGCACCUUCUGACAAAUCUUUUUAAGACAUUCUUCCCUGGUAAGUUGGUUCUGUUUCCUGUCAGCUCGGGUGGGGUGGAGGGAGUCCUCCUGAGUGACAAUGGCUCUGGCCCCAUCUACCAGCUCCUCUCUGUGAGUCCUUCAAGGGAGAUCAUCGCCACUGGCUACCUGGACCAGAACUUGCAAGCUGAGAAGUGGCUGCAGAAGGAGCCAGGGACCUCUGAACUGUCCCCAGUGGUGACCUGUGUAUGUGAUCUUGACGGGAAUAGAGUCAAGGGGCUGGGGAAGGAGAAGUUGAGGCAGGUGAUGAAGUGUGAGGUGACUCAGAGUCAGCCUCUGGGUGGGGUCCCCCUGCCCCCUGCUGCCUGCCUGCUCAGUACCUGUCUGCAUGCAGCCUCCCUGGACCUCCCUGCCUGUGGUGCUGCCCUCAGGAAUCUCAACAGUCUGCUCAAGCCAGGGGGUCUCUAGGUGCUCAUGGAUGCAUGAGCUGAAGAGUAGCUACAACAAUUUUCAAGCAGAGGUUCUCUGGCCUCUCCCGGGCCAGAGGCAGUAGAAGAUGCUGUGACAGAGACUGACUAUAGCAUCGAGCCCUUAGAGAUGUUCUCUCAAAGUUAUUCCUCCACCACUUUUGACAGCAAAGGGCUUUUCUUCUUGUGGGGACAGAAGCUGGGCUGA